UCAUUUCUCCUUCCGUCCUCUUUCGUACUCUUACGCGGAUGCAGCCAGCAAUAUCCCCCCUCAUGCCUUUAAACCAUCCACCCCACCCCUUCUCUCGCUCCAAGAACUCAUCUGCAAUCCAAAAUCUCCCUCUCUCUCUCUCUCUCUCACACACACACUCACCAACCUUAGCUACUUUGAUCUUGCUCUGUGAACCUCUCAAUGGGCAAUUACGUCUCUUGCACUCUCUCCGUCGGUGCCGGCGGCAGCACCGGAGCCAUCACGGUGAUCCUCCCGGGCGGGGAGGUCCGGCGUAUGGAGGGGCUGGUCAACGCAGCCGAGCUCAUGCUCGACGCGCCCGGACACUUCUUGGUGAACACGCGCUCCAUGCAGGUAGGUCGGCGCUUCGCGGCGCUCUCCGCCGACGAGGACCUGGAAAUGGGCGACGUCUAUGUUAUGAUGCCGAUGAAGAGGCUCAACUCAGUGAUCACGGCGGCUGAUAUGGCUGUGUUGCUGCUGGCUGCGAACAAAAAAGUCCGGCGGGCUUCAGGAGGGAAUUCAAGGGUCUUGCCGGCGUGUACCUCCUCCUCGCCGAAGAAUCCACUAGCAGGGCACGAGUUGGAUGAGGUCGACGAUGAUGUUCCGACGAUGACGACGGCGAUGGCGAUGGAGGACUUUAAGUACAGGUUGUGCCGGUCCAGGAAGCCGACGUUGGAGACGAUAGAAGAGGAGGGCAUCAGCUCAAGACGAGAAUUAUAAGAUGCAUCUUUCCCUUGAUUCGCCUCUUCAUCAUGUGCUUUUGGUGGCCUAGUGGAAGAAGAAGAUUUCAGACCUAGGAUUUCUUUUCAAAAAAAAUCAGAGAAAAAGAUUAUUUAAUUCGAUCUAUGAUGGGGUGAUUCUGUAGCAUGGUCAUUUUCCUCUAGUGGUCAGUAAUCACCACAUUUGUUCAAUGAAUAUGUAAAAAAAGAUUAGAUAAUUUGUAUGGAUUUGGAAUUUUGUAAACUUAGAAUGGUGUUGUUUGCAUCUCAGAACGGGAGGUUAAUAAUAAUAAUCAAAAAAAUGACU